AUCGGUCAACUACACUGAUUGUGCAAGUAUUUUGAAGGAGUAUCCUAAUGCUGAGGAUGGCGUGUACAGGAUACAACCCUCAGACGAACAAGGCUCUUUCAAAGCGUACUGUGACAUGACAUGGGGGCGGCUGGCUGGUGAUACAACGGAGAGUAGAUGGCCUUGUGGAUUUCUAUAGAACUUGGUUUGAGUACAUGGAUGGCUUUGGCAAUCUCACCGGGGAGUUCUGGUUGGGUAACGAGAAGAUACACCGUCUCACCAAACAAACAACGUACGAACUACGAGUGGACCUCACGUUCACAGACGGGGAGACUGGGUUUGCCCACUACAACAACUUCCGACUAGGCGACAUGUCGAGCUUCUACACUCUUGAUGUCAGUGGGUUCACAGGCAGAGCAGGGGACAAUUUGAUCCAACAUAAUUCCAUGCGUUUCACUGCUAAAAACCUGGACUUGGACCGGGAGGAGAAUGGAAACUGUGCUGUGAGAUCUAACGGAGCAUGGUGGUACAAUGAUUGCUACUCCUCCAACCUCAAUGGUCUGUACAACGAGACUACAGGUAGAGGAAUGUACUGGGGAUCUGUCCUUGUCUCUACACGUACAAGUAUGAAAAUUCGCCCACAACAUAGCAACGAGGAAGACUAAAUAAGUGCGAAGCCCGAUGGUGUAUUGUUAUUAAGAGCUAAUGUAACAGAGACUUUGAAAGGAGUGUGUACUUAAUGGCUUUAUGCCCAAUUUCAAGGCUCGAACUUUACGUUCGACAACUUUACACCUCUGUCCGGAAGUGGGUAUAGUGUCUGCUCUAGAAGCGGAAGGUCGAUGGUUCGAUGUCUGGACGUUUUUAGAUUAUCAGUGUUCUUUCCGUGUCUGUCGCCACUUAUCAAAGGUUUAAAGUUUGCCAGUUUGAAAACAAUGUUAUAUGUCUAAAUGUGGUAUCCAUGCUAAACUUUGACGUUGUAUCUGUUGGGAAACACUAGCAAAUGAUAAAUGGCAUAAUUAAUCUUGACUGCCACAAGCCAACACAUACAUACUUGGUACUUGGCGACACAACUUCAAUAAUCUUGAACGUUAAAACCAGUCUGGUAACCCUUACCUCUUGACGUCCAUACCCUUUUACACUAUUACAUUCAUAUACCAUCAUUAAUGUAUCGAAGAAGACAAAACAGCUCAAUCAAACUCUCCGUUGUACCAAUUUAUCUGAGCCUAGUUCUUUGAUUGCAAGAAACCUAGCAUAUGCUGCACUCUUGUACAAAUAGUCCACGAAGGUACUAGAUCACAGAUUGUCGGUUUCUCAGCUAUGAAACUAUCAACUUAAAUCAUAUAAACUGAAUAAACACCUAUUAACUAAA